GAGCUAAUGAAUCUUGAGAGUCAGAUCUUUACAGUGAUUUAAAACACAACGAGGCCAGUGUGUUCAGAUUUCUGAACAAGUGACUCUUAUGAGUUGUUUUUUUCUAACCACUCAAAAACCCGAAUCAACUGGAGCAUUUGCUGAAUCAGUCUGACUCACUUACUGAAACACACAUUAUUAUUUAUUAAUCAUGUCGUCUGAAUCGAACUGAACCAGGAACUGUAACUAUAGGUCUAUGAUGGUAAAUUAUUGUUGUUGCUGGAAGAUUGUUCUUAAAUAACAACGUGUAGCUAUAGUUAUUAAUUGAUUAGAAAUUGAGUUUUACUAAAAUAGUGGAAGGGAUCGUUUAGAAAAAGUAGAAUGAUUACAUUUCUAAUUUCUCGCGAUUCCCUUAAAUGAGACGUAACAGAAACGUUCUAAUACUGUACGGAGCACAAGAACGCGUCCCGGGCCGUGUGAACUUCCACUCAGAACUCAAGUCAAAAACAUGGUGUGGUGCUGAACGGACAGCGCCCUUAACUUUAACCUGCAUGGGCGUGGCGCUUCAACUAUCAACGGAGCCACGACAUUUUAAGAAAUAAAAACAAAAAUUCAGAGUUACAUCCAUUCUACGACUUAACCUAACAUAGCCUUCAUUUCCCUUUGUUUACCACAUCCAACGUGUGUUCACCAAACAUACAGAACGAACGCUAACAAAGGUAGUCUAUCUCACAAAAGACAUUAAGUGACAAGUCAUCCGAGGAAAGAGCCUUCAGAUAUGGACACAUUACAUCUUUAACCCUCAAAACCCCGCAUCACUUGCACUGUUUCUCCUCUCCUCUCUCCAGCAGAGCGUCACCUCAUCCUCCGUCGGUCUCGCGUCUAAUGUAAGGUAACAUCUCUGGAUUUUCUCUUAAUGUUUAUCAUCGCUUCAGGACGUAUACUAACAUUAAACCCUGACGGGUUGCGUUUAAUAACAACAUAAUUUGCAUUGGCCACAUUGAUUUGCAUCCAUUCUUCGUGUUUUGUAUUGUUUGACAGAUUGUUCAAUUUGGGCAUCUUUUCUAAAGGGCUUUUCGUUGAAGUCUUUGCUAGUUCCGAUCAAUUGCAUAUUAAUAUGCUGGAGCUGAAUGGUGUGGAUAAUAAAAUGUAUUGUUUUGGCGACUCAUAUGUGUUAUCUUGAAGAAAUGCUAAUGGAUUGCUUUUAUUGUUUCACUUCAUUCUUUUCUUCUUUGAGGAUUCUUUACAUUGUUACUUAUGUUUACAUUCCAUUAGUAUUCCUUUAAGAUUUCUCUGACAAGUAUAGGAACCUCCUCGCUGCACAUGCAAUGUUGUUUCUCACCUCCAAAUGGGAAAACUAACAUUUAGCAUCCACAGAGCUCUCUAGCCAAAGGUUUACAUGCGUUUGCAUCCAUCUGACAGUAUUCACUGAGAGAAAUGUCUGCUGCCGGAGAUGUGCCUGCGUUUUUCCAGAACAUGGGAAGCUCCAGCCCCAACCAGCCACGGCAGAAAUUCUGUGGCAUGUUCUGCCCAGUGGAGGGUUCGGCGGACAACAAAACACUGGACUUUGACUUGCUGUCAUCAGGGAAAGGUCGAGUGAUCGAGAGGCAGAAGGAUAUCUCCAAACCACGAAAGGUGGAGAUCAGAAGAAGUACUGGAAAAGAGAUUCUGCAGAACCUAAAUGACGAGAGUGACCGUCUCUUGAUUAAAGGGGCGAAGAUUGUGAAUGAUGAUCAGUCGUUCUAUGCCGACAUCUAUAUGGAAGAUGGCCAGAUCAAGCAGAUUGGAGAGAACCUGAUAGUGCCCGGCGGGGUGAAAACCAUCGAUGCUCAUGGGCGUAUGCUGAUGCCGGGUGGCAUUGAUGUGCACACACGCUUCCAGAUGCCUGACAGGGGCAUGACUGCUGCGGAUGAUUUCUAUCAAGGCACCCGUGCUGCGCUGGCUGGAGGAACCACCAUGAUCAUUGAUCAUGUGGUUCCUGAACCCGGGACAAGUCUGAUCUCGGCCUUCAAUCAGUGGCGGGAAUGGGCGGACAGCAAAGCGUGCUGUGAUUAUUCUCUUCACGUGGACAUCACUGAAUGGCACAAGGGUGUUCAAGAGGAGAUGGAGGCGCUCGUCAAAGAUCACGGCGUUAACUCUUUCCUCGUCUACCUGGCUUACAAAGAUGUUUUCCAGCUCACUGAUUCCCAGAUCUACGAAGUGUUCAGUGUCAUCCGGGACCUCGGGGCCAUCGCUCAGGUCCACGCUGAGAACGGAGACAUCAUAGUCGAGGAGCAGCGCAGGAUUUUGGAGUUGGGUAUCACUGGUCCAGAGGGACAUGUCCUCAGUCGACCAGAAGAGUUGGAGGCGGAGGCAGUGAACCGCUCUGUAACAGUGGCCAAUCAGACCAACUGUCCUCUUUACAUCACCAAGGUGAUGAGCAAGAGUGCCGCUGAUGUCAUCGCCCAGGCCAGGAAGAAAGGCACUGUUGUGUAUGGAGAGCCAAUCACAGCCAGUCUUGGCACGGACGGCUCACACUAUUGGAGCAAGAACUGGGCCAAGGCUGCCGCCUACGUCACGUCCCCACCCUUGAGUCCGGAUCCCACCACACCGGACUAUCUCAACUCACUGCUGUCAUGUGGGGAUCUGCAGGUGACAGGAAGUGCUCACUGCACCUUUAACACCGCCCAGAGAGCUGUGGGCAAAGACGACUUCACCCUCAUCCCUGAGGGAACCAAUGGCACUGAGGAAAGGAUGUCCAUCAUCUGGGACAAAUGUGUGGUAACUGGAAAAAUGGACGAAAACCAGUUUGUGGCUGUCACCAGCACCAACGCCGCUAAGAUCUUCAACUUGUACCCGCGCAAGGGCCGCAUCGCCGUGGGUUCAGACGCCGAUCUGGUUCUGUGGGACCCUGAACUCACGAAGAUCAUCUCAGCCAAGAGCCACAAUCUGGCGGUGGAGUACAACAUCUUCGAGGGCACCGAGGUGCGUGGGUCGCCUCUGGUGGUCAUCAGCCAGGGAAAGAUCAUCCUGGAGGAGGGGAACCUCCACACCACUGAGGGGUCCGGCCGCUACGUGACCCGCAAACCCUUCCCUGACUACGUCUACAAGAGGAUAAAGGCUCGCAGCAGGCUUGCUGAACUGAGGGGCGUCCCGCGGGGUCUCUACGACGGGCCGGUCUGUGAAGUCUCCGUGACGCCCAAAGCUGUGACUCCUGCUUCCUCUGCCAAAACCUCUCCUGCCAAGCAGCCCGCUCAACCGGUCCGCAAUCUGCACCAGUCCGGCUUCAGCCUCUCGGGCUCUCAGAUUGACGACAGCAUCACCCGCCGCAACACCCAGCGCAUCGUUGCGCCCCCUGGUGGCAGGGCCAACAUCACCAGCCUGGGCUAGACGCCCUCCAUCAGCAGACAGGAGAAUAGGGGGUUGGGGGGGAGGGAUGUCUAUACCGGAGGUGUUUACUGAGACCACCGUGUCACAUCAAGAACCCUCCACAGGGCCUAUGAUUCUCCACUCCCUAGUCUCCCAACCCCCGAGCUCUCGCCCCAUUCCCUUGUUUUUCUUUUCCCAACCAUGCACCACUUCCUAAAGGAGACAUCUAGAUAAAAAAAAAAAAGUAUUUGCCUCAUGUGAAGAGAAAAGGAAAAAAUGUAACAUCACAUCUGAGCACUUCUGAUUGUAUGAUUUUUUUAUACUGUACUUUCGACCCACCACGAGUCGUGUUAUUAUUUUUGUAUUUAACUUUAUUUGCUUUUUUAAAUCAGAGGGAUCAAGUGUAUGUAUUAGAGAAGCUGUUUAUCAUUGUUACUCAUUGACAAGGCAAUGGAUAGAGUACCGGGUUUCUUGUGUCACUGUUUGUGCUACAAAUCUAUUAAGACUUUUAAGUCUACUACAUUAGGAAUGUCUUUAUUUUUUGGCAAUUUUUUAUUACAUUUUUAUUUUUAUUUUAUUUUUUUAUUACAUCAGUAGCGCCCAUGCCCUUUCUGUGGCAUUCAAUGCGAUACUUUCUGUGCCAGUCAAUAAAAGAAAGCUUUACUAGUGGUCACUGAUUAAAAAGCACGUGUUGUUUCACAACCAAUUAACAAUGUUAAUGUUACUGAAGAAGAAACCGCAUGUAAAAACAAGCAGCUUAGCAAUGUUGCAAAAAAAAAAGAGAGGACGGCAAGUGAUUCUAGCUGGAAACCUUCCUUGUUCUGGCCUCGAACUCAUCAACAUCAUAGGAUAAAAAUUAAAAUAAAAAGAUAACUUCGACUUUUUAUCUCUUAAUUCAAACUUUUUUCUCGCAAUUCUGGGUUUGUAUCUUAUGAUUCUUUUUUUUUUUUUUUUUUUUGGAAAAUUCGGGGGAAUAAGGAAUAAAGUUGCUAUAACUUUUUUUUUCAUACAGAAAAAAAUAAACAGAAUUGUGAUAUAUAAACUCAAUUGCGAAAUGUAAACUCAGAAUUGCAAGAACGUCCAAAUUUUAGUUUAUCUUGUAAUUCUGACUUUUUAAAAUCAGAAUUGGCAGAAAAAAGUCACAAUUUAUUUUUAGUUUCCGUAGUUAACUAGAGAAAAUGCUGUGUUACUAAAGAACAAAACUACGUCAAAAUAGUAGCAAUUUCCAAAUGCACUGAAGCCCAAAAUAUACUUAAGUGAUGACGCAAACACUUGGCAUAUGUUUACAACCGAACAUGUUACCUUUCAAAGUAUUUUUCAUUUGAUAGAGUGCACAAACUCUAGACAUGUAAAACUAGACAUGUUGUCCCCUUGUGGCCAAAUUAGUGUUAAUGUGCAUGUGUGAGCUAAUGUACGCGAUUACAAAAAUCAAGUCUCCACGCGUACAAAGUAUACUUUGGGCUAAGAGUAACCCCCAGAUGGAUUUUUCUUUAAGUUUGAUCGCAGCGCAAAACAAAAGUGCCAUGCGAGUCGUAGUAUUUUAUAGUAUUGAGUGACUAUGUCGCUACUUUCUAUGUCAACAAAUGUGAUCUCGCAGACCUUACGCUAAUGUGUCUUUUUUGUAUCUUUAACUCCAAGCUGUGCCUGAGACAUACUGAUCACUUUGAGUAUUUCUACAAGAGCUUGUUUAUGUUUUUUUUUUUUAAACAACCCAAAGGUUGAUAAAUGUAAAAUAGCCGGUUAACCGAUAUAAAGGUGCCAGAUUUUUCUUGUCAUAGUGCUUUUAAAAGGCUUUUUUAAGUUUAAGUUAUCACAGCGCCAUUUUUAACGCCGUUAUAAAUGCUGCAUCCUGUAAUAACAUCAUAAAAAUAAAAAGUCAAAGGUUAAAGGUGAUUAUCAACAACUGUGCCUGUGGCAGCUCCAUGUUUUUGUGGUCUUAUUGUAUUUUUUCAACGAAUGAAUGAGAAAUUGUUUGUUUUACUUCCAAGUUGGUCUGGAAACCCACAAAGGGCGAUGCAUCGAGCAGCUCUAGGUUAGCUAAUACAGCUAGCACAGUGUCUGCUUUCUUCUCCUGUGUUUGACUCAUUUAAUUUUGAAACAAGAAGUUUGGGGAUCAUCACACACUGGGAUCAUCUCUUUUAAAAGAACCAGGCUAUAGGUAGGCUAUGUCAUCUAUUGAUUUGGUAUUUGCUAAUGCUUGUAGGUUGCUUGUGGUAUUAAGGGCGGGACACUGUCACUGUAGAGAGCAUUUAAUUGGAUAAAAAUCUGUGUAGUACUAGAUGAGUCAUCAAUAUUUUUGGUUCAUUUGCAGUAAGGAGAAAGACGUUUCAAAUCUGCCAACAUUAAUGAGUACACUAUAGAUUUGCUUCAAAGUUAGAAAAUAUCUCCAAAAAACUCUCAAAGUUGUUAACAGUAAUCCACAUUUUGUGGAAGGUGCUAAAGCGUUCACUUCAGGCAAAGAAGGCAUAGUUAAAACAGGAAUAAAAAGGCUUUAACAUUUCAGUGUAGGCCUACCUUGCUUAAAUCUAACUAUGGAUUAGAAACGAUGGGACUUUCUGUAGUCUGUUUUUCAUUUAGUAAACCUGUUCUCCAGCUGUUUUCUCUUACCUCUUGAAUAUCGGCAAAAUCUUGGCCUGUAACAUCAUUCUCAAUUGCUUGUCUUUUCUUCUGCGACUCAACACAGAAACAACACACACACACACACACUCAAGCCCUGAUUCAGGGUUUUAACGUACAGUGCUGCUUAUAUACUUAUGGUGUCCUGAAACUGUUGGGAUUGAGGUUGCUCGCAAAACUUUAGUGAAGUUAAAGUUUAGUAAAUAUGGAGGAGAAAGCUUUCUCUCUCUCUCUCUCUCGUUGGUUUUUAGUUUUAGUUUUCCCCAGAGAAUGUUUUCAGUCUUAUCAGUCAAAAUUUCAUUCACUCGCUAAUCUUUUGUCACGUUGAUGUCUAGUCAAAUUAAAUGGGAGGAAGGACUACAGGCCUAUUUUAAUUAGUUUAAGUUUUCUUGCAAAAACGUUUGCGUUCCAUCGAGAAGAAGUAGAGUCUAUCACCUCAUGACUGUUACGAUUGUUUUCUUUCUUCCUGUUUCUUUUUUGUUCCUUGCUGACCUCAUUGCUUUUCCACUGUUCCUAUGACGACCGUCCCUAGUCAACAGGAUCUGAAUCUUUUAUUUGUCAUGGCAACACAUUACACAUCGGAAGCAUGCCCUUAGCAACCCUUCUGGGGCUGGUGCUGUUAAAACAACACUGAAUCCCUGAAUCAUUUCAACUGCGUUUUCAUACAGUGUAACACAAACCAUAUACAGUACCCAACUUAUUGAGCAGGAAAUCAGAAUCAGAAGGAUCAGGUAUACAUUUAACUCAAGAUACAUUCAGAGAAAUCAAGUAUUAGCUAUUCUUGUUUAUUUAACAUUUAGUUUUAUUGGUAUUUGUAUUUCAUCCCAAUUUUGCUGGUGUGAAUAUAUGGCAUCCGUUGAGAACAGAGAUUUCCUUGUCUUUUCCUUAUCGAGACAUCAUAUGUAAGAGUUCAAAUAAAACAUGCCUUAAGCAUUUCCUCUAAUCCUAGAGCAGCUGUUGGCACUAAUACUACACACACACUCUCUCACACACACACACUUUGCUAUGUUCGCUUGAAUGUUCUUCUAUGUGUGGUAUGUAAUCUAUGUAAAAUGUAGAUGGUAACUGAAAGGUCAUUAAAUCUGAGACUGCCGAUUAUUUAUAAUCCCAGAUCCUCUCUUAUCCCACUCCAGAAGUGAACGUGUUGUGUGCUGGUGUUUAUUCUGUUGGCUGUGCUGUUUGAGGAUGUUUGCUUGCUCUUAAAAGUGUCCAAUCCCUUGGAUGGUGAUGAAAAGGAAAAUUAAUAAAAGGGGAAAAAAGA